AUGGCUGUUUUCACAUUCGAGGACCAAACCACUUCUCCCGUGGCUCCUCCCACCCUUUACAAAGCUCUUGUCAAAGACGCUGAUAACCUCAUCCCCAAGGCUGUUCAUUCCUUCAAGAGUGCCGAAAUCGUUGAGGGCAACGGUGGUCCCGGAACCAUCAAGAAGAUCUCUUUCCUUGAGGAUGGAGAGACAAAGUUUGUGCUUCACAAGAUAGAAGGAAUAGAUGAGGCUAACUUGGGAUACAGCUACAGCAUAGUUGGAGGUGUUGCUUUGCCAGACACAGCAGAGAAGAUCACAAUCGACACCAAACUGAGUGAUGGACCGAACGGAGGGUCUGUUGUGAAGCUGAGCAUAAAAUACCACAGCAAAGGAGAUGCUCCACCCAAGGAUGAAGAGCUCAAAGCUGACAAAGCCAAGAGUGAUGUUCUUUUCAAGGCCAUCGAAGCUUAUCUUUUGGCCAAUCCUCAUUACAACUGA